ACAUGCAUACUGUACACUAAGAUCUUGCACUCACUCUCACACACAUAUUUAUCCACACACUUGACUGGACAGGAUGGUGAAGAGGGAGUCGCACUCUUCAGACCACCUCACUGGAGGAUCAUCCAGAAAGAUAAUGUCAACUAAACUGGCAACAGCCUUGGCUGCUUUCUUUCUCCUGGCCAGUAUAGCAGUUAUUAUAGCAAUAGCCACAGUCCAGACACAAAAGAAGACCUAUCUUUCUCCAGGACUUAAGUAUGGCAUUGUGCUGGAUGCUGGAUCCUCCAGAACGACUGUGUAUCUCUAUCAGUGGCCAGCAGAGAAGGAGAAUAACACUGGGGUCGUCAGUCAGACCACAAAGUGUUUGGUUAAAGGUCCUGGUAUCUCAGAAAUGAAUGAUGAUUCCUGGAAAUAUCUUAAAACAUGCAUGGAUGACAUAACAAAGCAUGUCCCCCCAAGCCAGCACUCCUCAACACCCAUCUUUCUGGGGGCAACUGCUGGAAUGAGAUUACUUCAUAUAAAAAACGAAGAGGCAUCUAACACUAUCCUGCAGGACAUACAGAAGUAUCUGCGUUCUUUACCCUUCAAUUUCCAAAAUGCUUCCAUCAUAUCAGGUCAGGAAGAGGGUCUGUAUGGGUGGAUCACGGUCAACUACCUGAUGGGAAACUUCCUGGAGAAAAACAUGUGGAACGCUUGGGUUCAUCCUCAUGGAGCCAAGACAGUAGGGUCACUGGAUCUGGGUGGAGCAUCUACUCAAAUCGCCUUUACAGCCCCUGAUGAUGCCACAGGAGAGGAUCUUAUCAGGGUGUCACUCUACGGUUACGAAUACAAUGUCUAUACACACAGCUUCCUGUGCUACGGCAAAAAUGAGGCAGAGAAAAAAGUACUGGCAGAACUUGUAAAGAGCUCCACUGACUGGUCGCGCGUAAACCACCCGUGCUACCCUGCUGAUUACAGCAUCACCAUGGCUGCUAGUGAAAUCUUCGACAGUGAGUGUACGAAGAAGUCGACACCGGCUUCCUACAGCCCAGCCAAAAACAUCACUUUCUUUGGUGGGAGUGACCCAGUUAGGUGCAAAGACCUGGUCAAGAGAAUUUUUGACUUUAAGUCCUGCCAGGGGAAGGAGAACUGCUCUUUUGAAGGAGUUUACCAACCCCCAGUCUCUGGAGAAUUCAUGGCUUACGCAGGAUUCUACUACACCGCAUGGGCUCUGGAUGUGAAGGGCUCCAACACUCUGAAGCAGUUCAACACUGCCAUGUUGUCUUUCUGUUCAAAGCCCUGGGCGACGCUCAAGAAAAACUACGAAAUAACAGAGAAACACUUGAAAUCUUACUGUUACUCUGCAAACUACGUCCACACGAUCCUCGCAGAUGGGUACAAGUUCAAUGACGACAACUGGGAAAAACUCAAUUUUCAGAAAGAGGUGAAUCAGACGAGUAUAGCCUGGUCUCUGGGCUACAUGCUGGCCCAGUCUAACAUGAUUCCAGCAGAGGCAAAGCUCCUGAAGCUGCCCAUACCAAACAGCGCAUUCGCUGGCCUGCUCUUCGUGUUCUCCGCUCUGACCAUCAUCACCCUCAUGUUCCUCAUCAUCACACUGGUGCGCUUCUGUUUCUGAUGCCCCUGCGAGCUCUGCUCAGGAACACAGCUCCCACAGCCUUCAAGCAACAGCAACAGAAGAGCAGACAUGUAUACACACGUACUGUAAUGUACGAUUCUGUAUGUUUACCCAUUGCAGCUCUCUGUUCUGCUGCUUCAGCAGUUCCUGACCUGAGCUUUAAUCAGGGAACUCCACAAGUCUCCACUGCCUGUAGUGCGAGUGUCUCGGUCACGGAGAUCCACUGCACAAUAGCACAUGUAGCCUUUGAUAUAUAAUUGCAGGUGAAUGAGGGAUGUGUUGUUUUUUUAUUUUUGGAAUGCAGAACUAAUAAAGUUAGACAGUCCAACACUGCUAAAAAGGACAGAAGAAAGACCUGUUUUGUCUCUAGAUUGUAUUAUUUUGGUGUCAGGUGAGUUAGAACAGUUCAGAUCAGAAGUCUUAUAUAGACAUGCUUCUAUAUAUUACACUAUAUGACAGUCAACAGUCACAUGACAAAGUAGCUCAUAGUGUUCUUUUAUAUCAUCUGGACUUCUUCUUAAUUCACCAAAUGUCUUGGUUCAUGUUUAUAUAUUGCUGCAACUAAUUUUGUCAAAACGAGUUAUUUCUCCUUAAGGCACUGUAAUGUGAUGUCUAGUUCUCAAUGCUAAUGACCUUUUUUAUCAGUGCUUGUGAUUUAUAAUUUUAUAUUCUGUUUAAACUGUUCAAACCUUUUAAAAACUUAGUUUGUACAUUUAUUUUGCUAAAAGCUGGCUGUACGCAGGUCCUUUAUAUGAAAACAUUUGCAAGCAAGUGGAAUAUAAGAAGAAAUAAAAUGGUAUUUGUUUCUUCAGGCCAUAAUUGAAUUAUUUUUGGACAGAUGGGCUUUAAUGCUGAUAACACAAGUAAGGCCUUCAACAUUUUCUUUCUGUUUUUUUAUGUCUGUUUUUUAUACUUGUGUGCAUUAUGUGAUCUAGACGGGUCUGACUGCAUGUCACUGUUUGCAACACUCUUUUGUUUAAAUGAUAUGUGCAACUGUAUUCUCAGUAAAUGUAAUGAAUGUUAAUAAACAACACAAUUUCCA